UCAACUUUUACCAUACAUGUCCUCAGUGCAGAAGGCCGGCGGCCAUUUAUUUGUAGUCCAGUCCGGCAGCUGCAGCAGCAAUAGGUUCCCUGGUUGAGUAGUGACGUCAGGAGCGGCGGCCAUUUUCCCCUGGUCUGAGCUCCGCCUUACUUCUAUCAUUCCCACAAGGCAGCAGGAGCAGAGAGCAGCCAUUUCUGUGUCUGGCAGCAGAUCCAGAGGUAGUGAAGAGUUUUGGAAGGGUUAAAUGAGUCCUGUAUAAAUCACAGAGUCACUGAGGAUGGACAAGGACAGGACUCACAUGACUGAGAGGAUACUAAAUCUCACCCUGGAGAUCAUCUACCUGCUGACUGGGGAGGGUUACAAAGUAGUGAAGAAGACAUCCCGUGAGUGUGAGAAACCUAGCAGCCGUUCCCGUUUGUCAGGUGGACUGAGCAGGGCCCAGAGCCCCAUCACGGUGCCUCCAACUUACUCACUGAUAAAUGAGAGGCACAAUGACCAGAAGAUCCUGGAACUCACCAACAAGAUCAUUCAGCUGCUGACUGGAGAGGAGGGGGAGUAUUUAGAGGAACACAGGGGUCUGUACAAGGACGUGAUGAUGGAGAAUCACCGGACCCUCACAUCACUGGAUGGGCCCAGUAACAGAGAUACCCCAGAGAGAUGUCCCCGUCCUCUGUAUUCCCAGGAUUGUACAGAGGAGAAUCACAGGAUCCCACAGGAGGAUCAGGGUGUAGAUAUGACUGUUAUUAAAGUAGAAGAAAUAGAGGAAGAAGUGACGUAUGUGAGGGGAGAUCAUCACUGUAAGGAGGAGGAAAUCCCUACAGAUAUCAGUACAGUAGAUGGAGAAACAAGCAGGAAAACCUUGGAGGGAGAUCUCAUUGUGUCUACAAAUUUUCAAAUCGAAGAUAAGAACAUCAGACAAGAUUCUCCAGGAGAAAACCCCAUUGCGCUAAAUUUUUAUCCAGCGCUAUACAGUGCAGAUAUAUCAUCUGGUUCCUCUAAUCAUGAGAAACAUUCUCCUGAUAAUUCAGAUCUUGCUCUGCAAAGCACAGCUCCUAAAGGUGAAGCAAUAUUAACUAUUUCUGAAUCUGGUAAAACUUAUAUGCAUCAGUCAGUUUUUGUGAGACAUAAGAGAACUCGCUCCUCUGAGAAGCCAUUUCCAUGCUCUGAGUGUGGGAAAUGUUUUACACAUAAUUCCUAUCUUGUCGCGCAUCAGAGAAGUCACACAGGUGAAAAGCCGUUUACAUGUCCUGAGUGUGGCAAAUGUUUUGCACAUAAAUCCCAUCUUGUUACACAUCAGAGGACACACUCCAGUGAGAAGCCAUUUACAUGUACUGAUUGUGGGAAAUGUUUUACACGAAAAGCAAAUGUUAUUACGCAUCAGAGAAGUCACACAGGUGAGAAACCAUUUCUAUGCUGUGUGUGUGGGAAAUGUUUUACGUAUAAAUCAGUUCUUGUUACACAUCAGAGAAGUCACACAGGUGAGAAACCAUUUCCAUGCUCUGAGUGUGGGAAGUGUUUUACAAGGAAAUCAACUCUUGCUGAACAUGAGAGAACUCACACAGGUGAGACACCAUUUCCAUGCCCUGUGUGUGGCAAAUGUUUUACAUACAAAUCACAUCUUCUUAGACAUCAAAUCUUACACAGGAGAAAUACUAUUUCAGUGAGUUGAUAUACAGCCUUAACACUAAGGGGGAAAUUCAGUUAGCCGCAGUAAAUUACCAUGGCUAAUUGAUCCCUGGGGGGCUAAUUCAAUUAGCCCAGAUAGCUGACAGUUUCCGGAAAUCUUCACCUGCAAGAGGCAAGAGAAAAUAAUCCCUGAUAAAGGACCCGUUUUUUGCGGCCGUAAACGUGAAAACACAUAGAUCCAUGAAUUUCUCCAGGAUCCGUGUGUUUGUCAUGCUAAAACGGGUCAGCUUUACCGCGAAAAAAACGGGCUGCAAUCCGGCAAAAUAUUAUGGUAAAGUCCUGUUUUUUUCGUUGAUGCAUUUACCGCAUGUAAUUGAAUUCCCCCUUAAAUAUAGUAAAAGCUGUGUAUAUUAAUGAACAUAAAUACAGUUACAAAGCGUGUACUCCACGGUAUAUUAACAUCAGUGAGUUUCUGAGAGCUGGUAAAAGCUUUGGGCCUAGAUUUACUUAUACUAAAUGCAAAGUACACCUGGUUUUGAAUUGAUAUUUAUCGCCAUUUGAAAUUUCGGGGUCAGAAUCAGAGAAUCAGCCGCUAGCACUAUCGGUUGCUUCAUAAAUUAUUCCACGGUCACACAGCACAAUAGCAUGUGAUACUGGGCCUUCUUCCGGUUUGCAAGCAAAGCAAAAAAUUGCACAGCUGGGCCUAGUGCCUAACCCUCUGCCUGUGCCUAACCUCAUCCCCCCCCCCCCCCCCCCGGGCCCUAUCCCUAACCUGUACCCCAAUAAUUACCUUCGGGUAUCGACCGUUGGUGUUCCGGUGCUGGUCUCCAUGAGUGGUGUCGGGAUUCCGACGUCGGUCAAGUGACCACUGGCUGCCGGUAUGCCGAACGCAUCCCAUUUAAACUUCACACACUAAUAACUAGGCGGGAUAAGGGGAGAACAAGACAUGACAUAACCCCAAGGGAAAAAAAGGAGGCGUUAAGGCAACUUAGGGGACGCAAGUAAGUUUGAGCAAAUAAGAGCUUAAGUACAGGAUUUGAAAGACUAGGGGUAUAUUUACGAAAAAGUUAAUUUUGAUCGAUUUUUGGUCGAUGUUCGGUUGAUUCACUAACAUAUUAUUUUUGACAUUUUUUUUUUAAACAUUAUGAAAAAUCAUCUGAUAGUAAUUGUGCGACUUAGACCCUCAAACACAAAAUGGAUUAAAAAAUCGAUCAAAAUCAACUUUUAGUAAAUGUAUCCCCAUAAUGUCUGAUCACACCGGACUCGGCUUUUAUUAGACACGAGAAUUGGUACUAACACGUGGAAUGCGAGCCAAAUCCAAUAUAGAGGCGAUAUAUAGAAUCGGACAUGGGGGUUAUAAAGAAACCAGGCAGUAGACUGAAAUGUUUUAUAAAUGUGUGUUUGAGUAGAGGAAUCUAGACUUUCAGUAUAUUUACCCCACUUGUUAUAGAAACGGAGUAUUCCUUUAUCAACAUCUGUCGCGAUAGAUUUCCUAUCACAGCAACUGCAAAAGUUUUCCUUGUACAGAUGGAGCCCUCCUCAUCUAUUCCUUUAAAAGGAUUAAGUGAGUCAGGGCAGUCAGACUUAAUCCCCUGCUGUAUUCUCUCUUUAUUGCAUUGCAUCUGAGAACAAUAGAUGAAAGGCUUAUGCUAAUAAGCCUUGGUGCACCUAGGCACAGCAAAGAAGGCUAGAUGGGUCGAGUAUAGUCGGAGCAGAUUCCUUUUGUCCAGUGGAUCAGUAUUAGUUUUAUUGCACCAGUAACAACCACUGUAAGAAAAAGGAAUCCUCGGACUCAUAAUUGCAUCUAGAUUUUAAAUCUUGGGGCCGGAUGAAAUGACGGGCUGAGUUGGCCGUUGGUGCGGGUUCCGAGCCGAACUCUGAUUUUUAUUUCUUUUUUAUGCGGCAAAACCAUGCUAUGUACACAAUUACCGUAUCUUGUAUCAUAUGUUUACAUUGUGCGGAAGAGAUGUAAGCUUUGUAAAUAGUUCUAAAAUGGACCUCAAGAGUGGAGUCAUAAUAGGUCAAGAGAGCCAAUCGAAGGUACUUCUAGAUUUUAGGGUAGACAUUCUGCAAGCAUGUUGUGUCACGUCGGUAAGGACUAGGUAUAGUAUUUUGGUUCUAUAUUUUAGCGUUUUAUGCAAAAUAGUAGGAACGGGGUCAGUAAAUGCGUGGUCAAGAAUAGCUAAUGGGAUUGAAUUCAUAUAAUAGCGGGUCAAAGACCUUGGAGAAGUUGCUUAGUCCUUUACACCGCCAUUACUGGAAGGAGAAGUUAGUGAAUAAGGGGACAUUAUAGCUAUGUCUAAUUGUGUUGGGAUAGGUGGAACGUAGCCAAUAACUAAUAUAGCGAAGAAAGAUUGCUAAGGAGUAUUCCGUAAAGUCUGGAAUGCCGAGGCCUCCAUUAGAGCGAUGCGGUACCAAUUUAGUCAUAGAUAUUCUGGGUCUUUUUCCUUGCCAUAGGAAGGUAGUCAUUAAACGUGUUCAUUUCUGUCCAACCCUGUCCUGUAAUGUGUAUUAGGAUUGUAUACUGAUCUGUGGGCCAUCAUUAUGAAGCCGUACCUCUUGUCAUACUCAGGACGCGUUUCCUGUUUCCUCGCAGCCCAGAAAGCCUAGUAACAUGCACCUUUUAUGGAGCACGAGAUGCAUCUUCCGUCCAGCGCCACACAAGACCCAUAUUGUGGGAUCUUGGACACCAUUACAUCGUAUUGUCAUACUCUGCGUGUGAAGUUGUGAAUUUAUAUAAAUCUGUUAUAGUUUUCAUUCUAGCACCCUGCACCUUUCAAAUCCUGUGCAGUUCCUCUCUACUCUGGUGCAUCUCAGCACACUCUGGUCUGUAUCACAGCACUGAGUAACAGAUCAGAGUGUGCUGAGAAGCACCACAGCAAAGAUCGACACCCCUGGCAGGAAAGAGGAACUGCACGGAUUUUGAAAGGUGCAGGGUGCUAGAAUGAACACUAUGUUACUGUUGCCCUCUUACUGGGGGCCAAGCUGCAAAAACUGUGUCCCCACGGUGCAAAUGCAUUUUCCUGAUGGUACGGUGCUUAGUUUUGAGAAAUGCACCCAUUAAAUAACCAUCAAAUAAUAACAUGCCACAGACAGUAAACGUGUUCCUGGUGUCCUCAUAGUCAUGUUUUAAGACAGAGGUUGUCCUAAAAUAGUAGAAGUGUCCAGAAUGGUGUGGAUUGUUAAAAGGUCAAAAGGAUCAAAAUGUCAACGCAAAAGUCGACAUCAUUUAAAAAAAAUGUUUUUAUUAUUUGGUGUUUUUAAACAUAGUUCACCCCAUAAAAAUUUUAAAUACACCCCCUUGUGGGUACGCUUUGCUUUCCACGCUUUGAACAGGUUUCCUAAGGGUAAUCGUUUUUGUAAGAUGGCUAGUAAAUGCAGCAAAAGUUGUAAAUACAUGAAAAAAUCCUAAAGAACAUGUGUCGGCCAUGUGUGUUGACCUUUCCCAUGUUGACCUUUUUGAAAAAUCAACGAUUUUGGUGGUGUAUUGAAAAGAAAGUAAUUAACAAAAUAAGCUAGUUUGUGAUGAUUAUGUAUCUAUUUUGGCAAAUAAACAUGUUUUGUAUUGA